GAAUAUGCUCAUGGAGGCUUUGUCAAUGCUCUUAAUUCAGUUUAUCGAUCCAUUGAAACUAGCAUUGCAGAUGAUUUAGGAAACAAACGACUUGUCAUAACUGGCCACAGUCUUGGAGGGGCACUGGCUUCACUGCUAACAUUUAAUUUGUCUGUCGAAUAUCGGGAUUCUGAGCCUGUGCUCUAUGUUUAUGGAUGCCCACCUGUCGGUGAUGAAAACUUGUCAGCAUUCUUUGAAGGGAAGCCUUCAUAUGUCAUUACUAUUCAAGGAGACCCAGUUUCUACUGGAACACUUGUGACCAUAGGCCCGUGGGCUGGUCUAUACAAACCAAUGGAGGAAUUCUACUUGCCAAAAGCUGCAGGUCAUAGUCUGAGUGACUACAUUGAGCAGUUGGAGAAGUUGAACGAGAAGAAGUUGGCUCUGAUUUUUGAGUAA